AUGGCGGAAUAUGAGUUGGUUACGCCUCCCCCACCUACUCGAUGUCGUGUAGUCAUCGAUCCGUCGCUCUUAACGCGUACGCAGCUUUCCCAGGGGCUCAGCCACAGCCUGAUCGCGCUGCCACGUGGCAUUACCACCGUCAGCCAGCUGGCAGCCCACGUGAUCGACUCGUUCGGUCUGCAGGAUUCGUGCAUAGCGGGAGUGGCUCUACAGGUGGACGGAUUUGUGCUGCCAGCGUGGCAGCCCCUUUCUGUGUUGGGCCACGAUGACGUCAUCAGGGUUUGCCAAAUCGACCACAAAAAGCCACUUACACCACACACCAACUCCACUCCUCAGCACCGUAACCCACCGCUUUCGCAACACCCAGCCUAUGCUUCUCCUCAGUCGCACGCCCUUCCCCGUGUGGGCGACCCUUCCCCAGGUCCCACCUCCCCGUUCCCCGCCCUGGGGUGGGUGGUACCUGGGGAGGGUAAGGAAGGGCGGAGUGAGGGGGAGAUCAGUGGGAAGGGGAAUAAGAGUGGUAAGAAGCGAAAGGAGGGAAGGAGGGAUGAGGAGGGAGGGGGGGUUGCCAGGAGUGGGGAAGAAGGGAAGCUUCCGAGAAACGUGGCAGAAGAUGGUGUUGGGGGAGUUGAUGAGGGGGAGACGGGGGAUGGGGAGGAGGAAGAGGAGGAGGCAGAGGAAGAGGAGGAGGCAGAGGAGGAAGAGGAGGAGGCAGAGGAAGAGGAGGAGGCAGAGGAGGAAGAGGAGGUGGUGGAGGGGGGAGACUCUGGGGGUGAGAAGGAAGAAGGUUCUUCUGAGUCUUCUGAGGAGGAAGAGGAGGAGUGUCCUGACUCGAGUGAGGAGGAGGAGGAGGAGGAGGAGGAGGAGGAGGAGGAGGAGGAGGAGGAGGAGGAGGAGGAGGAGGGAUCAAGUGAGGAGGAAGGGGAGUGUAGUGAGGAGGAAGAAGAGGCCGGGGCGGCAGGAGCACCCCAUGCUGCUGCUUUGAAUGUUAGAAAGGGCCCUUCACGCAACACGAUCCGGAAGAGGGCGAAGAGAAGAUGGCUGGCGAAGCAGCGGCAGGCUGCAAAGGACGCUCUGUACAUGCAGCUGAUGUCAGGAGGCGGCCCGGCUACAGUGACAGGCACGGGGACAGGCAUGGUCAGUGACCAGUGGUGUUGUAUCAAGAUGGUAUUAGCUGACUUCUCUCCCCACGUUCACUCCCUCCCUCCCCCAACCCAUUAUCAAUAUGGAUGGGCACAGUCAAGAACAAGAGGCGGGGGCAGGCGUGGGGGCAGCAAUAGCCCCCUCUCCUUCCCCCGUUCCAACUCCCUCCUCCCCAUGCCUUCUGCCUUCCCCAUGCCCUCUGCCUUCCCCAUGCCCUCUGCCUUCCCCAUGCCCUCUGCCUUCCCCAUUCCCUCUGCCUUCCCCAUGCCCUCUGCCUUCCCCAUGCCCUCUGCCUUCCCAUGCCCUCAUGCCCUCUGCCUUCCCCAUGCCCUCUGCCUUCCCCAUGCCCUCUGCCUUCCCCAUGCCCUCUGCCUUCCCCAUGCCCUCUGCCUUCCCCAUGCCCUCUGCCUUCCCCAUGCCCUCUGCCUUCCCCAUGCCCUCUGCCUUCCCCAUGCCCUCUGCCUUCCCCAUGCCCUCUGCCUUCCCCAUGCCCUCUGCCUUCCCCAUGCCCUCUGCCCUGCCCAUGCCCUCUGCCUUCCCCAUGCCCUCUGCCCUGCCCAUGCCCUCUGCCUUUUCCAUACCCUCCACCAGCCCAUAAUCAACAUGGGCACAGUCAAGAACAAGCGGCAGGGGCAGGCAGGAGGAGGGAGAGAAAGGUGGAGUGAGGGAGCGGAGAGAGGAGAGCAGUAUUGGCAGCAGCAGCAGAUGGAAGGGGCGAGAGAAGGGAUUGUGCAGCAGGAGCAAAAGCAUCACGAGCAGCAUCACGAGCAGCAUCAAGAGCAGCAACAGAGCCAGAAUAAGCUUGAAGCACUGCCAGUAUUGGAGGGCGCACCCCAGCAUGAUGACAUACUUGCUUAUCGCAUCAUCACUCUCUCGCCGCUCUCGUGGACACCCGAGCCUUCUUCGUUGCGGCAAGGUCGAGUGGUGAGUUUCGUCUCCUCCUCGUCUCUCAUCCACCUGGCACCUGUGGGCUCUGAUGCGACAGCUGGCGGUGCCUCAUUGGCUGAGGCUGGUGGUGGUACAGCUGGCAAUCUCCCAUUGGCUGAGGGGGAGGGUUAUGGAGGCGGGUUGGAGGUUGAACCUCCCUACGAUGAGGCCGGUCAUUUGAAGGUUGAACUCCCCUCGCUUCUAGACAUUCGCCUCGUGUCUCGAGCCAACGCUUCCGAUGGUGGUGCUACUGCUGCUGCUCUUGCUGCUGAUGGCACUGCUGCCGCCACUACUUCUGCUGCUGCUGCUCCUGCUCCUCCUGCCCCUGCUGCUCCUGCACCACCACCGCCUCUUCCUACCGCUGCUCCUGCCACUGCCGCUGCACCCUCGCCUGCUGCUGCAUGUGGAGUGGCGCCCCACAAGUGGGAGCAGUGGGCGAGUGUGGCGAGAUUGCUGGAGCAGAAAAGGCGAGCGCUCAUGGGUGGGACAGCAAGUGUUGAUCGUGAAAGCUCUCAGAAUGAUAUGGAGAUUGACAAGCGGUCGCAGCAACAUAUGAAACAGCCAGGCCAGCAGCAGGAGGAGCAGGAGCAGGAGCAGCAGCAGGAGAAGCAGCAGGAGAAGCAACAGGAGCAGCAGCAGGAGCAGCAGCAGGGAGAGCAGCAGCAGCAGCAGGACGGUGUGGGUUCAAUUGGGAUUGCAGCAACUGAGUGUGUAAGCAACGACACUCCUCGCACCCCUGUGCCACCUGUAACCAGGUCUCCUCCGCUUGUAACCAGCCCUGCUCCAGGUGUAACUACCCCUGCUCCAGAUGUAACCAGACCUGCCCUAGAUGUAUCCACCCCUGCUGCAGGUGUUACAGGCACAGCAGCAGCAGCAGAAGAUGCACCCGGCUCUGCCCCUGUAGGAGGGGCCAAAGGUGGAGGCAGGGCAGCUCUUGAGGCGCCUCAAAGGUCAGAUGCACCUAGCUCUGCCCCUGUAGGAGGGGCCAAAGGUGGAGGCAGGGCAACGGGUGUGAGUGGUAGCGGAGGCAAGACCAUCAGGUACAGAGGGAGGAAGGCAGCUGGGCUGGCGGCAACUCUCGCUCUGAUGAGGCAGGGAGGGGGGACGUGA